GAAAUUGAUGAUGACGAUCAUGAUCCAACCCAAGAUUCAUUGAAUCAUCGUCUAUUGAAGAUGAUGUUCCAUUUCCUACCAAUCGUUCUCUUUCAUCAAUUUCCAUGCAUCCAAGAUCAUCCUGUAAUUCAUUCACAAUGUGUGAUGUUCGCGUCAAAUUAGCAAGAUACAAUACUGAAUUGAUGUUCAUGUAAGGAUUUAGGAGUUCAGCAGAGGAGGAAGAAGAGGAUGCAUUCGAUCUUGUUGAAAUUCGAAUUGGAUUACGAUGAAGUUUAUGAACAUUUUGAUUUAAUAAAUAAGUAUCGUCUAAAGAUUGUUGUUUACGGUGAAAUUGAUGAUAUUGAUAAGAUGGUGAAGUAUACUCAGUGGUAUCUGCAAGUGUUGAAUAUGAUGAUGGUGUUCUCGGUGAUGAUUCUGAGCUUGAGUUAGUGAAUUCGGAUGGAAUCACUCUUGAAGUAUCAUGGUCUAAAUCUAGUCGCAUUCUCUUUAAGUCAUUUUGCAUUAUAUUUUCUGUUCUUUCUUCAGUUUUAUUUUUGACAUUUAUAACAACUUCACCAUAUAUUUCUCCACUUUCCAUGCCACUAUCACUUUCUUCGUCUGAAACGCGUGUUCUUUUCUUAGGUCCAAGUAACAUUAUGUAAACUAAAUGUAGUUAUAAAAGAAAAUUAUCGAUAGCUACAACAAUUAUUUUUCGAACUAUCGUUUAAAACUAAAAGGGCUGUUAUUUAAAACUUGUAAUAAAUGAAAGCU